AUGAAUGAGGCAGACGAAACCCUAAACGGUGUGGAUUGGCAGUUGACAGUGGAAGAGGUGGCCGAUGAAGGGAGGACGGAAGCGAUCGAUGGAGGAGGGAGGAGAGAGGCAGUGUUAGAGGGUGUUUGGAUAAUGGAUGAAAACAACACUACAAUUGUUGAUUGUGAAACAUCUUUAAAAAUGAAAAAACCAAAAUUUGGGUGGGAUAAUCGUAGCUUCAUGGUGUUUGUUGAUUCGUGCUUGAUUGAACAAAAAAAGGCCAUAAACCCCGUACCUCCUUUGAUAAAGUUGGGUGGGAAAAUAUACAAAAACGCAUUAAGGAGAAAACAGGUUACAGCCUUGAAAAAAAAACAACUAACAAACAAAUGGGAGAACAGGAAAAAAGAGUGGAAGCUUUAUGACCGCUUAAUGAGGCUUGAAACUGGACUCGGUGGGACGAGAAGCCUAGUAGAUGCGUCGCCUGAGUGGUGGGAGGAGAAAAUAAAGCCUCAAUCCAGCAAUUCACAGUCGAAGACGGUUCAGGAUUUGGGAAGUGCAAGGGCCGACCAUUCUGUAUUUUACGAAGACGACGGGACAAUGAACAGUGCAAAGAGAGCGAUUCCGGUGGUGCUCACCGAUCCUCACAACAUGUGCUGCCCAAUCUGUUUCCACCCCUUGUGCUCCCCAAUCUACCAGCGUGGGCAAGGGCACAUAGCAUGCUCCUCUUGCUGCGUCAAAGAAAAGAGAAAAUGUCCUUCGUGCCACUUGCCAAUUGGUUUCACCCGAUGUCAAGCUAUGGAGAAGCUAGUUGAAUCUCUCAGAGUCGACUGCAAAAACAAGUGGGUUGGAUGCAAAGAGACAUUAAUUUACCAUAAGAAAUCCGAGCAUGAAAAGAAAUGUCCCAACACUCCAUGUGUCUGUCCUCUUUCCUCGUGCAAGUUUACCAGUUCCUCCAACAUCAUGUACGGCCAUUUCAGAUUCCACCAUAAAGCUUAUGCUACUUCAUUCACCUACGACAACAUCUUCCUUCUUGGUGUCCAGAGAAACCAGAAGCACAUAAUUCUUCAAGAACAGAAUGAAGGGGUCAUCUUCAUCCUCAACCAUGGCAUUCAUAAACAUGGAAGAGUUUUCGAUGUUGAUUGCGUAGGACCAAGUACAUUUGAUGAUGCUUUUGUGUAUCAGCUGACUGUAAAAUACAACAAGACAGUUUUGUCAAUAGAAUCUAUACCGGAGGUCUACUCAAAGUGGCAGCAACAUGCUCCCUAUAACAACUGUCUGACAAUCCCCUCUGGUUUCUCGGAAGUCUUCUUACAAGUUUGCAUAAAGAAAGCCCAUCCUGUGGUUUAUGUCAUAGUAGCUAGGAAUACUUUAUGGUCUAUAGCAAUGCUUAUAAGAUGGACUAGGGUGCAUUAA